AUGGCCAGAAGAUGCCUGGCGUCCCUUCGCGAGGGGCUCAAGAAGAGGAGGAACAAGGGGGAUGGGGGAAGUGACAGCGACGACGGUGACGCUGCCGACAAGGGCGACAACGUCGGUGACGACGAGACUGUCAGCGAGACUGUCAGCGAGACUGUCAGCGAGACUGUCAGCGACGAGGACAUCUGCGCGUGGUGCUGGGAAAGCGAGGACAAGAAGCUUUUUCUCUGCGACGGGGAAGGCUGCGGGAGGGCGUUCUGUGACUGCUGCCUCGACAAGCUUGGCGAGGGCACCGCGGCUGAGGUGGAAGCAUCGGACGAGGUGUGGCUGUGCCCGUGCUGCGACGAGGGCCCCCUGGCUCCUCUACAGGCCCUGUUGAGCAACGCCGAGAAGAACCCCCCCCUGGUUUCGAGGGUCCUGGCGAGGCUCGCCAAGGACACCGAAGCGGCGGCUUUGGCCUCUCAGGCCUCGCCCCCUCACGACAGCGGCGGCGGCGGUGCCGGUGCCGGCAUUAGUGAUGCCGGAGACGACCUGCUAGACGGAGGCGACUUGGUGGGGGCAGUCGCAAACCUCACCGUCACCCCCGCCGCCGCGUCCGCUGGCGCGAGUGGGGUCGGGGCUCAGGGCGGCGGUGGAGGAAGCGGUGGUGGUGGCGGCCCGGAUGAGGCUACGGCGGUGUCGUGUUCGGCGGGGACCUCCGGCGGGAGCGGCGGUGAAGGGGGCGGCGGCGGCGGCGGCGGUGGUGGGUCUGGUCCGGCGGCGGCCCCGCAGCAGCAGCGGGAAGACGACGACGCUUUCGAGCAAGAGCUGGUGGACGCGGCGGUCGUUGUCGAGAGGGACAUCUCCAACACGCUUGGUCAGAUGGACAACCCCGCGUACGAAGAACGCCGGCGAAACAUUACGAACGAAGUUCGGAAGGGGGACCCCGGAAUGUCGGAAGAGGACCUCCAAGCCGAAGUCAGUGCGGAAAUGAAAACGGUGCAGGACAUGUGGCAGCACCGGCUCGACGCGCUUCACGAAGUCCAGCCCACGCUGGCAGAGGCCCUGGCGGACAGGGGGCUGCCUGAGAUGGCCGUGCUUGUCAGGGCGGAGGCUGGCGACAGCGAUGCAACCGGCGAAGGCAAGAGGGGUCACGGAAGGAAGAACAUGGAAGACGGGAGCGACGUGGACUCCAUGGAUGACAAGGACGAGGAAAAGGAGGAGGAGGAUGAUGGGGCGGGAAUCCUGGAGCACUAUGAGAAAUCCUCGACUCUUGCUUACCUGCCUGUGUUCAACCUGCUCACGAAAUGCCAAGAGACGUGGGAGCGGUUGCUGCUCGCCCACGACCGUGCGCUGGAGAACGGCGCCGCGGGCAGCGGCGGCGGCGGCGCGGAUGCCGGUGCCGGCAGUGCCAACGCAGGCGGUGGCAUAACUCUCGACGCUGCAUUCUUCAAGGGGGCAAUGGCGGACGUCAACACCAAGGGGCGGGGGAAGUGGGGAAAUAACAGGAUCGCGGCUGCCGCAAAGCGGGCGGCAGCAUUCGUUCAGACCCAGGCAGGAAGGGGGCUGGACCGACCUUCAACGAGCGACGUCUUGUCGUGGGGCCUGAAGGGAGAUGCCGCAGCGUCACUCGGUGUGCUCGUGCGCUGGAUCAAGAGUCGCGUGUUGGCUCACAUGAGGAAAACAGAGGCGCUGACAAGAUUUGCUGGUGGCGACGGGGACGAGGAGCUCACCCCCCCGUCUGAACGAGAGGCGCUAGUCGCCGAGUGCAAGGACCUGCAAAGGCAGAUCAGGACCCUCCACCCGGCCUGGCAAGACUCAGCUGCUGCGGAGUUCUGGGCUUCCGCUUCGGAUGUGGAACUCAAAAGCUGUUGGCAGCGCCUUAGGAUCAAGCUCCUCUCGGAGCUAAGGCACGCCGACAGCGCCGCGGAGAUCCAGGCCGCGGGGAUAGGGGUCGAAGAUUUAGGCACGAAUAAUGACGCAUACCUCCGGUUCAGUUGGACAAAAAAACGAAUAUCUGCUGAGGAUGCAACGCGUAUCUUAGAAACGGCGAUGGCGUGCGAGGGUGUCGUGAGGCUGCAGGGGCGAAGCGAGGCCGACGACACCGUGGCCGUCCAAAGGGAGCGCCGGACGGCCGUUUCGAAGGGCUCCAAACCCCGAAAACCGCGCGCGCCACGCCCUCCGAGAGCGCCCAAGGGACCGCGGGCGCCUCGGGGGCCAAGAGCGCCCAAGGCUGGUGGGAGGGCUAGCGGUGGCAGCAGCCGGAAGCCGAAGUCUUCCUCGGCCCCGCCACCGCGGAGGGCGGCGGCGGCGGCGCCGCCGUCCCCUUCUUCCGCCACGGACGAGGGUGUCGGGAGCCUGUCCCCGGCGGCGGCGGCGGCGGCCACGACGCCGGCUGAUGAUGGCGGUAGCACCGAGGCGGCCCGCGCGGACGGCGCAGAACAACAACAACAGCCCGGUUGGGAAGCCGCCGGCGCUGCCUCGCCCAGCCAGUACAUGAGCCAGUCGCCGCUGUCCGCGGACUUCGCGGCAGAGGAGCUACGGUCGCCGGCCAGCCCCACAGGGGAUGGCGACGAGGGCGUCGACGACACCGGCGGGGCUAGCGGUGCGAGUACCGCCGGCAGCGCGGAUGCCGGAGACGGCCGCAGCGGCGGUGAUGGCGUGGCCGGGGAGGAGGCGGAGGAGAGGCUGGAGCGUCCUGCCGAGGGGAGCUGUGAGCCCGAGGUCCUGAUAACCGUGCUGAUGGGGAUGGGCGUAGUGGAUGACGACAUCGUGAAACCUGCGGGGCGGGAAGCCUUGCAGACCCUGCUGCUGAAGGCCGGCGGGGACAAGGAUACCGCGGUGCAACUCUUCUUCGAGCGGGAGAAUGAGACACCCGUCCCGGCAAAGGAGGUUGUUGUGCCGCCGGAAGGCGCCAGCCGGAGGUCCACGCUUCGAAGAAGGAGCGGACCCCGCGGCCAAAGCUGCUGGGUAUGCUCGUCCACCAUGCCCGGAGAGUGGAAGCGCAUGCGUAAGUCUAGCGAGGAAGAGAUUCGUAAGAGGCGGGCGAAUGAUUCCUCCAGCGGCAGCGGCGGCAGUACGGCGGCCGGGGACGAAGGCGGUAGCGAUGGCGAAGGUCGUCGGGAGACCGACGGCGACGGCGGCGCCAGCAGGAAGACGACGGCCGACAACCCGGCGGGGUCGCACCCUGCUGCUGACCAAUCGGAAGCCGUCUCCCACUCCUCCGGGUCCGCCGCCGCCGCAGCAGCGAAGAGGAAGCCGCCCGCUGGUGCACGGUUCGGGACGGCCUCGCUGAGCGUAGACAGAUCCGUCAGCCCGGACUUCAUCUGGGUGUGCGGGCGCGAGCACUGCCUGAAGGCCGCCAUGGGUUCCUGGUACGUGGUGCAGGACGUCUACCCGGUGCAGCACGUCGUGUGGACCGCCGAGACCGAGCGCGGUCCCGAUCGCCUCGCCGCCGAAGCCAGCAGGGCCGUGAAGGAGACGAGUAGAAAGUCUUCCCCCCCCCGGGACGGCCGGGAAGGGGAUGGCAAGGGCCAGAGUUCGUCCGGCGAUAGCCACGAGGACGACGACGACUACGACGACGACGAUGAUGAGGAUUAUUUCGAGGAGGAGUUUCACCAGGUCUUCGGCGAAACGACGCUAAGCGAACGAGACUCGGCGGUUACCGAAGAGCGACGGGGGGUAGUAGACAAGGGAGGGACGAGCGGUGAGCGGCGGUCGGGGGAGGGAGCGGGGGGAGACGACGACGCCAACAGCGAACCCCCCCGUGCGGCCCCCUCUGCAGCGUCUCCAGAGGGAGACGGGGCAGAGGCCGACAUUUCGGGAACCAAGGCCGCAGCGCCUUCGCCCGCGUGUCCAGGUUCCAAAGAUGUCGGUGGCGGCGGCGGCGGCAGCGGCGGCAGCAAGCCCGAAGAAGAGACUGUCGAGCCGCCUGCUGCAGCCACGGCAGAUGCCGUGUCUGCACGGGAGCAGGAGGCGCGGGAAGCGUGCGCGGUGGUUCUCGGCAGGGAUUCCGUCGGGGGUUCUUCUUCGGCCACGGCGACGGCGGGCCUUGCCAACGGCAGCAGCGGCAGCGGUGGUCGAAGGCUGGUUCAGGCCGGCACGGAUGACAGGGCCACUUCUAGUAGCGCCGGUCCCGUGGAAGGCAACAGCGGUACGGGGAGCCACUCCACCACAGCGCCCUCAGUGGUUGACCUCACAAUCUCCGAUGACGAGGAGGAGGAGGAGGAGGAGGAGGAGGAGGAGGAGGAGGAGGGGGCGAGAGAGGACGGCAAUGGUGGUGGCGGCAACGGAUCGGCACGGGGGUGGAUGUCCCCGCGCGAUAGCGGCGGUGGCGGCAACGGCGCGGGCGCAGGUCGAAGCGUCCCUUCUCCCGCUGCCGGCGGCGUUGGGGGAAAGAGGGGGCCGGGGGCGUCCGGGAGCUCAGCGGGGGCCCCCUCCUCCUCUAUUCCCUCCUCGGGAAAAGGAAGAGCCACAGGGAACGCCCCGGCGCCGUCCCUGGAAGACUUUUGGGGAAGGACUAGCGGAGGAACGGGCGGCGUGUUGAGCAAGAAGAGCUUCCGGAACGGCGGCGGCGAUGCCGAUGGUAGUGAUAGUAGCGACGACGACAUGCAAUGGUUCAAGAGGCCAUCCCCGAAGGCACAGCCGGAUACCGCCGCAGAAAAGAAGAAGAGCGGCGCCAGAAGAAAGAAGAAGCUUCGGAAGGUUAGGAAGGGCGGCCCGAGCAGCGGAGGCAGCUUGUCGUCGGAUGGUGACCCCUUCGGCAUGGACGACACGGCGGAGGUUGCAACGGCCGCGGCGAGGGCAGCGGGAAUGCCCGUCGACGGGGGCAGCGGCGGCAGCGAUUUGGGUGGAGCUGGGUCGAAGAAAGGCGACGGCGUGGGCGGAGGCGACCCAGGCUCGACGGCCAAGCGCGCCGGCAAGAAAGAUGGCGAUGACGAUGCGGACGUGGUGUUCUUGUCCAAGCGGAGGGCCGAGCGGCCGCUCGACAAGAAGCAGGAGCAAGAGGUUGAGAACCUGCGCGUCAAGGAGCGGGAGCGAUUGCGAAAGAUCGCGGCCCGCAUCCGCUCUCCGCCGAAAUCCGCUGGUCGAAGGGCGUUGUUGCAGUCUCCCAUGUCUCCGAUGGACUACGUGGAGGAAAUCCCUAACCCGGACCACGUGCACGUCCUGGAGGACCUCACGCCCGAGGAUGGGGAAGGGGAGGGGAGGCGGGUGGAGGUAGCGCCGUUCAUCGGCAGGUUCCUGCUGGAGCACCAGGUGGAGGGCGUGCAAUUCAUGUACGAUAACCUGGUAGUGAACAUCAACCAGUUGAAGGAGGGCGGCGAAGGGGCGAAAGGGAACGGCUGCAUCCUGGCGCAUUGCAUGGGCCUAGGCAAGACGCUGCAGGCUAUUACCAUGAUGCACGUGCUACUGACCAAUGCCAUAGUGCAGGAGGCGGCCGUGGAGGACGCACCGUGUGAAGAAUCUGGAUCUGAAUCUGGAUCUGAAUCUGGAUCUGGAUCUGGAUCUGGAUCUGGAUCUGGGUCUGGGUCUGGGUCUGGUGGUAGAUAUGGAUCCUCCGAAGCUUCAAGCCCCAAGGCGAAGGACCCUGCCGCGGGCAGGUGGUCGUCGUCGUCGUCGUCGAAAAAGUCGCGGAAGAGGUCGUUCUUGCGGACGUGCCUGGUGUUGGUGCCGAAGAACGUUCUGCGGAACUGGGAGGAGGAGCUCAAGAAGUGGCUACCCGACUACCACUUUGAAGGCAAAGUCCUCGUCGUUGACAGCACCGACCUCGUGGCCGACCGGCUGAGGAAGAUGGAGCAGUGGCACGAACGCGGAGGCAUCCUGGUCAUGUCCUACUCCAUCUUCCUCAACAUGACGAGGAACGGCGCCAAGAGCGAGCGCGUGGAGCGGUCGCGGGCGUUUCUCCUGGACCCGGGGCCCGACGUGGUCGUGGCGGACGAGGCACACCUGCUCAAGAACGAGGGCGCGCAGGUCACCCAAGCGAUUAAGAAGAUUAGGACCAGAAGACGAGUAGCACUGACGGGCUCCCCGCUCCAGAACAACCUGGUGGAGUACUACACGAUGGUCGACUUCGUCCGCAAAGGGAUGCUGGGGACCCUGGAGAGGUUCAAGAACUACUUCGAGGCCCCCAUCGUUAACGGCAUGCUCGUCGACAGCUCGCCGUAUGACGUCAAGAGGAGCCACGGCCGGUCGCACGUUCUCCACCAGACCCUCAUGGGCUUCGUCCAGCGGAAGGACGUGACCGUGAUGGCCAAGGCCCUGCCCAAGGACGUGGUGAAGGAAGAGAUCGUCCUCAACGUCAACCUCUCCGACGAGCAGCAGAGGCUCACUAGGAAGAUCUUCAGGGAGGCGAGAUUGAACGGACCGAAGCGGGGAAUGCUGCUGAGAUUGAUCAUGCCCCUGCAGUUGCUGUGGACGCACCCCCUUGUGUACGAGGAGGAGGAAGCGGGCAAGCUAGCCAGGGCCAUGGAGGAGGAGGAGGAGGAAGAGGAGGAGGAAGAGGAAGACUCGUUUGAGGACGAAGGGGGAACGGCGGCCGGCGGAGAGGCGGCGAAGGACGCGGCCGUUUCUAUCUGCGACUCCUCGGACGAUAGCGCCCGCGAGGAGGAAAGCACCCCCAGCAGCAGCACCACCACCGCCAACUCCGAGGGCUCGCGGAAGAAGAGCAAGCCCGAUGAUGAAGCCGGGGCGGUAGCGGCGGCGCCAGGAACGCCGUCGUCCUCGUCGCCGUCGGUCAAGCCUGUGACCACGGCCGGCGGCGGCGGCGGCGGCGGCGGCGCGUCCGCAAGCGACGGGCGAACCCCGGCCCUCGUUGACGGUGUGGGCGGGAACGGGCCCGUCUCCGGGAGAGCUAGGUCUCACGGGGAGAUGGCAGCAGGGACCGACCGCACCGCUGCUCCGACUUUGGCUUCGCCAUCCGAGAGGGAGAGCAAGUGGCCGAGGUUAGAGGCGCCGUCGCCGGCCAACCCGGGAGUAGGCGGCGACGGCGGCGGUAGUGGGGACCGACACCCGGACGAGGCCCAGGCCGGACAAGGCCGGGCAUCGGCGGCGACGGCGUUGUCGUUGGGGGAGGAAGGCGGCGUCGCCGCGGUUGAUUCUACGGGGCUCGUGGUCCAAGCACAGCAGCAAGCGAACACCGCCACCGCUACGGCCGCGAUCGAUCUAUCUUCUCCGGGGAAGGGGGCCGGGGUCGAACCCGGGGGUGUCUCGAGCCGCGCCGCCGGGGUGUCGUCGUCUUCGACCGGCGGCGGGACGCCGGCGGCGGCGGCGGCGGCGGCAUCCCAAGGGACCAAGAAAAGGAAGGCUCAGAAGGGGAAAGCGAAGAAGAGGAGCAAGGGAGGCAGGACGGUGUUGCGGCCGAUGGAUGACACCUUCGACGUUUCGCUGAGCUCGAAGAUGGUGGUCCUCCUAGAGAUCAUCGCGGCGUCCAUCAGCAGGGGCGACAAGGUCCUCGUCUUCAGCCAGCGCCGGCCCGUGCUGGACCUGGUGGAGCGAGUCCUCAUGACGAAGGGGUGGGGGGGUUUCGUCGAAACACCAGCGCCCGCCCUCCCCGCGUGGCACCGGUCCUUCAUGGGGGGCCCCGCGGAUACGGCGGCGGCGGCCGGUGCCUGGGGUCCGUGGGAGAACGGGAGGCAGUACUUCCGGAUCGAUGGGGAGACGCCUUCCAAGAAACGGCAACAACUGAUCUCGAGGUUCAACGACCCCGAGCGCAAGUCGACCGGGGUGUUCUUGCUGUCGACCAAGGCCGGUAACAUGGGCAUCAACCUCGUCGCCGCGAACCGGGUGGUGCUCAUGGACACCAGCUGGAACCCCGCCAACGAUCUACAGGCCAUGUUCAGGUGCUACCGGUUUGGGCAGAAGAAGCCAGUACAGGUCUUCCGGCUCGUGAUGGGUAACAAGUCUCUCGAGUACAAGAUUCACAACAAGCAGGUGGCUAAGCACGCCCUAGCGGGACGCGUCGUCGACGCCAGGAACCCCGGUCGGAAGCUGACUCGCGCCGACCAGACCAUGAACCUGGACGCAGAGUACUCGAGAUACGAGACGGUGGAUCCAGAGAACGCCACCAUCGACAACGACAACGUCUUGGCGUCGAUUCUCGGCAUCGGAGACGAUCCGGCGGGGGGAACCAUCCCCCCUCCCCCUCCCACGCCGCUUCCGCCGCCGAAUGAGGCGUUUCCAACUGCGGCAGGACAACAGCAGCAGGGUCAUGACCCUGCUGCUGCUUCUGAUGAUGAUUCUGGUGGUGCCGCCGCUGCCCCUGGCAGCGUUGCUGCUGGAGGUGGGGGCGGAAGCGGCUCAGGGGUUGAACCUUCUUCGGCGCUGGUACCAAGUGCUGCGAUUUCCUUGCUGCCUGCGCCGCCGCCGGACGUCGGGAGCGAGUGCGGUGCGGUAGCGCCGGGCACGGCGACCUCAACGUCAGUGGCCGCCGCCGCCGCGGGCUCGGCGGCGGGAGGGUCGGUGGCGGAGGCGUCGGCGGCGGCCGCGACAGGGCCGCCGGAUUCGGGUGCAGUGGCAGUGGCAGCCGGCGCUGGAGGCGGGCAAGAGCUAGGGGAGAAAGGCCUGUUGGCGCAUCUUCUCAAGCAUUUUCAACCGAAGUUCAUCUCGCUUGCUCGAGGAUGA